AUGGCUAGAAGUUUUGGAGGAGAUGAGACUGGAGCCAAGACUCGCCGGAUUGUGGGAACAUAUGGCUACAUGUCACCAGAGUAUGUAUUGGGCGGCGUGUUCUCCGUAAAAUCAGAUGUAUAUAGUUUUGGCGUCUUGGUGCUAGAAAUUGUCAGUGGAAAGAAGAAUUGGGGAUUUUCUCAUAGUGAUCACCACCUCAACCUUCUUGGACAUGCAUGGAUACUUCACAAAGAGGGAAGGUCACUGGAACUAGCCUAUACUUGUCAAGGUGUUUCACAUUACUUAAAAGAAGUGCUACGAUCAAUCCAUGUAGGUCUGUUAUGCGUGCAACAAUAUCCAGGAGAUAGGCCUAGCAUGUCUACAGCGAUUUUCAUGUUGGAAAAUGAAGUUGAGCUCCAGAACCCUAAACGGCCUGGUUUUUUCACAGAAAGAGAUUUAGUUAUUGCUGAGAGUUCAACCAGCACAAAUGCGGCCAACUCAUUAAACGAAGUGACAAUUACGUUACUAGAUGCCAGAUAG